GAGCCGGGGGGAAGGAGGACGGACAGAAUGGCGACCCAGUGCCGGAGCUCCAAAUGCACGGUCGAAAGAAAAGGAUUCCGGCGGGAACUCGACUCAUGGCGACACAAACUCAUCCACUGUGUCGGGUUUGAAAGUAUUCUGGAGGGAAUAUAUGGACCAAGGCUGCUGCAAGAUCUCAAUAUAUUUGAUGAGUGUGAACCAGAGGCUGUGGAUGAUUGGUCCGUGAAUGCAAACUGCUCCUUUUGCAAUCUGCAGCUAGAGAAACUGAACGACCAUCCUGCUGUGGCCGUGCCUGGUUCGCCACCCCCUGCUGAAACCCCCCCACCUCAGGGCCUGUCCACCUCUGAUAAACUCCAGUGCCAAGCAGACCGAUUCCUCCAUGCUAUAUUUCGUAAGAAGGAAUUCCCUCAGAGCUGCGAUUCCAAUAUACCGUUGGUGGCGCAGGAGUUGAUGCGCAAGAUGAUUCGGAGGUUUGCCUUUGAAUAUGCGUGUAAAAGCCAGGCUCACGAGGGCCUGAAUGGUCUGAGCGACAGCUCUGAGCUUCUCCCUCAUCAACCAGAUCCUGACGGGCCUCUGGACCUCACCAUCAGCCGAGCUUCUCAGGCCCUGAAAGUAGAUGGAGCACUUGACCUCUCUAAGAAAAACGCAUCGUCGGAAAAUGAAACUCCUCAACGAAAGGUCUCAGGGAGACCAAUCAGAGGGGACUAUUUGGAUCGCAGCUCUGAGUUUGCAGAAGGUUUGCUCUCUAAAGCCUUGAAAGAUAUUCGGUCUGGAUCACUGGACAUUCACAAAGCAGCCAUACUAUACGGGAUACCUCAGAAAACCUUACAGCUCCAGACAGAGGCCUUAUCACCAGAGCGGAGGGCAGGGGAACCACCCAUUUUCGGCACAGAGGCGGUGUGCCCAAGCAACGACACUGGACUCGAGCAAUCCGAAGUAAGAAACUGUACAUUUGCGUCACCAGAGCACACCGAGCUGAAGUUUCCAGCAGCCGUGACUGCCUCGUCGUUCCUUCACCACUUAACCUUGCAGAGGAUGGUCUCGCAGCUCCGGGAGCAGAACGACGGGCCUCUCGCCAGCACCUCGCCAGCUACAUCUCUUCAGAGUCCUGGACCAGCUGUGCACAUCCGAAUCCCUCAGGUACGCUUCAGUGCUCAGCCCAAAGCCCAGCUGGAUCUGGCUGGCCUGGUGGAUGCUGUGUACCAAGCCAACAAAGCCUCCGACGGCUCCACUGCUUUCCACAAGCUGAAGACCAUUCUCCCUAAACAGGGCUUGAUGGAAAGCCACUCGGGCCUCGAGUCACGUCUGCUCCAGGGUGACCUGCCUCCACUGUGUCUGAACGUGAAGAACGGGAGCGUCACCGGAAGCAUGCUUGACUGUGGAGACAAGCAGCCACGGAAAAAGCGGGGCCGUUAUCGCCAAUAUGACCACGAUAUCCUGGAGGAGGCCAUAGCCAUGGUGAUGAGUGGGAAGAUGAGCGUGUCGAAAGCUCAGAGCAUCUAUGGGAUUCCACACAGCACCCUUGAGUACAAAGUCAAAGAGCGAACAGGCACGCUCAAGACCCCACCAAAAAAGAAGCUCCGCCUUGCUGAAGCGGCAACCUCCGGCUCCGGAAAGUCAGGGACAACAACCAAUGCCUCAUCUACUGCCUACAAACAGUCUUAACUCAAAACCUCAACUAUUUCUUAGAGAGAGAUGGUUUUAAUUAAAACAUCACCUAAACUACAGCCAACAAGGUUUUUUUUUUUUUUUUGGUUUAGUUUUUAACACGCAGUCAGGGCCUCAUUCAGACUAGGAAGGUACACUUGAAUCCUCAGCCACAGGUUAAAUGGUACAUUUUAUCAAGUUACAAAACAUGCCUUUAAAAAAAUCUAUUCAGGGGUUUCACUGUGGAUAUCUAUAUGAAUAUAUAUAUUUAAAAUAUUGUAAAGCACUGUUGAUUUUUAAGUUAAUUGCUCUUAAAACGAAGAGAUAUUAUAUUCAGGUUUUGUUCAUACAUAAGCUAACCUCAGCUUAAUGAUUGUUGUAUGCAGCUUUCACACUAAUUAGUCUUUGUAGCGACUGGUCAUUUGAUUUGAAGUCUAUCAGCAGUAUUUUUUUUAUGUGACAGCAUGACUGUAACGUCUUUCUUAACUCAUCGGUGGGAGAUGUCCAUCCUUAUAUGCAAUGGGGAGAUAUGGGUACGAGUUUCCACUCUGGCAAAUUUUGGGCUAUUAACGCUUAUUGGCAGGUAAUCGGUUUUAUGAAGUAUUAAUGAAGUACAUUAAUCAGGACUGUUGCCAGAUCAUUGGAGUGAAAGCUUGGACCAUCUCGGGCUUUUUAUGGAUGAGACUUCCCACAUUCUGCACUGAUAGUGAUUUUAUUUAUUUUAAGUUCAAAUACUUAUAUUGCUGUACAAACACACACAACAUUGCUUUCUUUUUUUAUGUCUUGCCCCUUUCCAUUUUUUUGCCUGCAAAUCUGCUCCGCAAAUCAUACGGGGUAAGUUGGAAAUGCAACGUAAUGCAUGUCAAAAUGAUGCACAGGGGGGAAAAAAGCACUUGACGGCAGUCUCAGCGAAUGUGUUUUACACGGAAUAAUAGAUUACUUUUUCAGUAAUCGCAACUACUGAAAUCCUACUGAAAUCUGCCUGCUGAAACCAAAACAGUUCAGGGUCAUUUUGCCACUCCACUCACACACUCCAUGAGCGAAGCAGUUUAGAGUUGGGUGCUGCUGAACUUGGAUCAGAAUUUCUCCUAGUCCGUAUUUCAUGAUGCACUUAUCAUGGGACAGAAAUGCAAAGCCUGAUCCAAGUGCUACUCUGAAUUGCUUUGUUUUUAUGUCCAGGUUUCUACAGUUUUGCUGCUCUUGCUUUGUGGUGUUUUUUUCUUUCAUGUUAAUGAUUAUUAUAGCUUUUAAUGACCUAUUAUACAACUGAUUCACUUUAUAUUACUGGUAAUUCAACUCCUCAAAUUCUUUCUCAAUUUUUUAAAACUGAGUUUAAAAGCUUGUAUAGUUGGAAUAUAAGAUUCGGUUGCACUUUACAAAAGAUGCACACAUACUUGUGAUACAGGUUAUUGUUUCAUACUUGCGAUGAGAAAUAUUAGCAUAUACUGACUUUGAAUGGCAUCUUUUUAGCAUAGUUCAGAUAUCUGAUUCACAAGUAUACUUGUGGUGCUUUGCAAAGUGUAGCUGAAGCAUUAUGUGAAUUUUGUGAUUGAAGCUUUGGAAAUAUGAACAUUUCCAUAUGCAUUGUUAAUGUGUUUAUCUUUGUGUUGUGAAUGUUCUGUAAAUGGUUUACCUCUUGUUGUUCCUCAAAGUUAAAUUGCCCUCCCCCUAAAAAAAACGACAGAUUUACUGAUAUAUUCUUAAUUUAAUUUAGAAGCAUUUUUCAAACCACCCUGAAUGUUCUUCACAGCUCUUAAAAUUAACAACACAGUGCCUGCUCUUACAGCUACUGCCCGGUUACUCUGCAGGCCAGUAGCAGUUUUACAUAAAUCUUUAAAAAAAAAAAAAAAAAGUAUUUGUAUACUAUUAAAAUCUGUAUUGUGGAUUUAUAUACUGUUACCAUAAUUACUGUUCAAUUUUUCUGUUUUUUUCUCGGGGAUAGUUAUGUCACAGGCACAGUUUCACUUUUAAUGUAAAGGGUGGUCAUGCAGAUUUUUUUAAAAUCAUAUUCAUGUGUCGUCAGUGCUGCGCUGUCAUAUUUUCGUUAUAUGGGAUACUUUUAGGCUCCCUGUGGGGAAUGUCAAUCUCUAUUAUUUCACGUUGCUGUUCUAAUAUAUUAAUAUUAGUGUCCUGUAUAAUUUCAGUCCAAAAAACAUUAGUAUUCUCAGGGUAACAACAGUCCUAUAAAAACAUGAUCGAGAAGUUAGAACUGUUCUUUUAUAUCAAAAUAAGGCCCCUUGGGAUUCUGUUAUAGAGCCAAAUAUGGUUCAUCCAAAGCCAAUUUGCUUCCUCCCAUUUUAUGGGGACAGUUUGUUCAGGAGUAGUUAUAGAUCAGAAAGGCAUCAAAUUAUUUAAAUUGGAUUUAAUGUUUUUCUCUUCUGAGAACAGUUGGGCUUGAUUUAUAGAUGGAUCAUUAUAUGGAUCAAUAUCACCAGUUUAGGCCUUUCUAAGUAUGUGUAAUUUCAUAUUCAUAACAGGAGCAGGAUACGAGUCAUUUUGCAAUCAGUUAUUUAUGCAUAUAUUUGUUGCACUAAGAUUGAUUUUGAAUUAUUCCCUCUAAUUGUAUUUGUGUUGUGAGUUAUUUCUUUCGAUGUAAUCAGAAUAUGAAGUUUAAAUGUGUUAGUUUUGUGUUGAAAGCACUUUGUUGCUCUUGCACAUUGUUAUGUGAAAUGCUUUACAGCAC